GUUGAUGGGCCUGCGGAGGAGGUAGGUGGAUGAUGCCUCAAUGUCCUCGGCUGCCCUGAUCUAUUUAUCUCUGCUCUGCCAAGUGCCCUUUCUUCUUCCACAUGAUCCCUCAAUCGCCUCACUCAUACUGCUAUACCACAAUACAUAGGCACUUCAAGGAUCAUUGCAUCAAAUUAUCAACACGAACAAGACAUACACAAGAACGUACUCACACGAUGUGUAUACAAUGAUUUAUAAAUACAAAUGAAAAGACAUCAUCGUCUACAUGAACUUGCAAAGCUAUCAUGCAUAUACACUUGGAAGGCUAUCAUAUCACAUAACAAUAACAAAAGACCGCUGGGUAUGAAACGAAAACUAAUAUCAAGUCUGUCGAAAAACUAUCUUUGCCUCAACCUCCAUAUAAAAGACCUUCCAAUCGAUGUGACAAACCUGCCUUCAUUAUACUCAAGGGAACAAACAAACAAACUAUUGCCCGAGUCUAAACUUUCUUCCAAUCUGUGGUCAUCAUCGUGGUCGUCGUUAUCGUCGCAACAUUGCUAGGCAUAUGUUGCGGUAUGGGAGGGAGUCAACAC